GAUACGACGUCGUUAUUGGGUCGCGGUACAAUCGCUCCAAAAAUCAUUCCCAACAUCUCUCUUCAACGUUUGGGACCCAACAAAACCUAGACAAGCUUUGCUUCAAUCAAUCAAGCAUUGAGUUGAAUCGGGGAGCUAUUCCAUUUUACUGGCUGAUUUGGGGAAAUAAGCCGAUCAAGAAGCCCUGGUAGCUUCCCAGAAGCUCACUGUCUUCUAAAAAUUUCGGAGAUUUCUUGAAAUUCGAGUGAUGGCACCCAAGACUCGGAAACCAGUAGCGAAAAGAUCAAAACCAGCAGUGAAGAAAAGAAGAUCAAGUCUUGUAUCACGGGAUGGGGGUGGAACGGAGGAGCAUGAGCAUCAACAAAACGAACAAGAACCAGACUUGGAAGUCAAUCAACAGCCAAUUCAGAAGCAAGUAACGGCUCGUAGCACUCGAAGUGCAACUGCCAGUCGUACUGCCCGUUCUGGGAUUCUUGAUAGGCUGCAAAUGAUGGAUAAUCAGCAACAACUGCAGCCACGAGCUGCUAUCGGGAAAGUGGCGGUUCAUACUACUCGGGGAACAACUAGAAACCAAAGUGGGUAUCGGGGGCUGGAAGAAACGAAUCUAAAUGAAGAACAUGAGAUUCAGAAUGAUGAAGAAUACCGAAACCAAGAAACGGCUCCCAGGUCCCAAAGAUCAACUGUAAAUAGAAGUCUAAAUCAUGGGUAUCUAGAGGAGGGUGAAAUGGAGGAACAUAGAUGGCAAGAAAACGAACAGUUUACAAACUUGGAAGUAACUGAUGCACUUAAAAAUGCAUUACAGAUCUUGACGGCUUCUGGUUCUCGAAGAACAACUACCAAUCGAAACUCCCAUAGUGCAUUUCAAGAUAAUCGUCAAAGGCAGGAGAAUGGGCAAUGGAGAAAUAGAGGACAAAUUCGGCCACCAAUCAGUGAACAAGCUUCUUUCAUUACUCCAACAACUAGGAAGGCAACUGGAAGCCACGUUGUGCGUCACAGACUACAAGAUGAGAUCCAAAUGGAAGUAGAUAGACAUCACCAAAAUGAAGAACAACCAGACUUACAAAGGACUCAACGAGUAAUGGCCUCCAGUACUCGAAGAUCGAAUGCGAAAAGAAAAUUAAAUCAAGGAUUUUCCGAUAGGGAUGAAAUAGAGGAACAUGGGCAGCAAGGAAAUGAACAGCCAAACUUGGAAUUCACCCAAGAAGUUGAAAAUGCAUUAAAGUUCUUGAUGGCUCCUAGUACUCUCAGAGCAAUUACAGAUCUAAAUUCCCGUUCUGGAUAUCAAGAUAAGAACCAAAUGAAGGAAAAUGGGCAGCCACAGAAUAGUAAACAACUACAGCCGCAAGUCAGUCAUCAAGCUUCAGUUAUGGCUUCUAGAACUUGGAAGGCAACUACAAACCAAAGUGGGCAUAACAUAUUACGAGACGAGGACCAAAGCGAAAGAGAUAGACAGCACCAAAAUGAAGAAGUACCAGAGUUUCUAACAACUCAGCAAACUAAAGAUCAACAAGAUAUGGAUCACUGUGUGCAUCGUGCCAUUAGUAUCGGUAGUGGGCAGAAUACCAACUCAUUUCGCACAGGAUCGCUUCAAACGCAGACAUCGGAUGGGACAUCAUCUGUUGAUAGGGGGGAGAAUGUUGAUAAGGAGGAGGGUGUUGAUAGGGGGGAGAAUGUUGAUAGGGAGGAGGGUGUCGAGGAAGGACCUCUUGCUAUGUUUGAUGGUCGGACGCCACUUCGGAUGAAUCCCGAUACAGGGAAAAUAUGCGCUCAUCAUCGGAUCUCAAGGGAGAUCACCUCUUCUUUCCAACGGCUUCCAAAUGUCACUGGUUUUACUUGGAAAUUAGUAUCUCAGAAGCAAAAAGAUGAGUAUUAUAAAGAAUUUCGGAAUGCAUUUUCAUGGCCUUCCGAUUGGGAGCAUGAGGUGAAGAAGAUGUGGGAUGAUAAAGCUGCAAAAAGAUACUCGGGUUUUAUUAGUUACUUGAAGAAGAUUUACACAGACGGAAAAUCCCGGCCAACUUACGUACCUCCGGAGAUGUGGAGUGGAUUGAUAAACCACUGGAAAGAUCCAAAAGUUAUUGAGAAGUCCGAAGCAGCAAAGAAGGCAAGAAUGUCCGAACCAGAUGGUCCUGGCACCGGAAUAAGGAAGCAACGAGGUGGGUCGUUGUCUAUCGAGGAGAGAGCUAUGCGGAAGGCGGCCGAGAGGGGAGUCUCGGUGAUGGAUUGUGUGUAUGAGGCGUUCCAUGACACACACAUGUUCAAGGAUGGCUCCUAUACAUCAAAGAGGGCUGCAGACAUUGAUGCAAGAGUGCGAGAGAUUGCUGCAACACAGGGUGAUAAAGCAAAUUUGAGCCAGAUCUUUAUCAAUGAUAUUUUUGGAGGUAAACUCGAUAAGAAGAAAAGGAUGUUUGGAACUGGGAAUCUGGCAGAAAGCCUCGUGUCAGAACGAACUACAGGAAUGAAUGCUCAUGCCUCAGCCGGCUUAGAUCCUUCUGUGCGAGCGGAAAUACGAGAGGAAUUGCGCCAAGAAUUGCGGGAAGAAUUGCGGGAAGAAUUACGAGAAGAAUUACGAGAAGAAAUACAUCAGGAAUUAAAUGUCGAUCGUGAGAAAAGAACCAAGAUAGAAAAUGAUGUUGCGGUUAUGCAAAAGAUGGUGAAGCAGCUCAUGAAAUCCCACAAGUCAAGCCACUCUUCUUCAAGGAUGUGAUUGACCCAUGUAUCACAAAAUGGGAGGAACACGGACAGCAGGAGAAAAUACACAAGUAUGAUUUGUUACAUCAGUCAAAAAGAUUUGACUUUCUUUCCCUUACAUAUUCAAAGUCUUUUGGUAGUGAUAGAACGUAGUACUAGAAGGCAACUACAAAUGAAAAUUCUCAUCAUGGAUUUCAAGAUAUGUAUCAUAUGAAGGAUCAUUUAAGCUAAUCAAGAAAAGUUAAGCUCA